UGCCAAGAAAUAUAUCAGAGGAGUGCAUGUACAUUUCACUGUGGUGUUUGAGGCCCGAUUCUCUCGUUGUAGUCGCAGGUUUGUCACCGAAUUUGUGACAAAAUUGUAUCUAGUCCAUGCAAGAUGUCGUUUAGUCCAGAAAUGGAACCCACCGACUGUCACGAUUAUUCGAAUGCCAGCGGGGAAAUUUCUGAUGCAGGCACUCCGGGCAAGUUCCGACCGCUUGGAAGUUUUGACCAAGUUGGCGAUGUUUUAGCGGCUGAGAAGCAGAACGGCGUCGACAAAGCCCCGGAAGAGGAAUGCACGUCUGCCGCACUAGCUGUAGAUGCACCAGAAAGUGAUGAUCGUCCUCAGACAAACGGAGAAGUCGAGGAAAAGGAUGCCGAACAAAAGGAUGUACACGAACAAGUUGAGGCCAGUGUAGCAACCAUUGAGGCCGAACCAAGGCAGCAACUUGAAGAUAAGAUAUCGGAUGAGAGCCAUGUCGAGGGGGCCAAAGAGGUAGGUGUAGACGUUGGUGAUCUUGUCAAUUCUUCCCCAGACGAAAAACAAAAAGGGGAAGGUAAAGUUGUUGAGGAGAUUGUGGUUGACAUGGAAACGGAACCAAAGGCCAUGGCGCCGCCAGAAAAUGGAACCCCACAGCAAAAUGAAGCGACUGCAAAAAAGGCCAAGCGUAGAAGCUUUUUGGAGUCACUACAUUUCCCGAAGUUUGACUUCUCACCAGGUCGUAGUAAACAGCAUAGCAUGGCCACCCAAACACCACAUAACGAUAAGGAGAGGGAGAAGGAAUACAAGAAGGCUAAGGUUUUCAAAGAAAAGAAACCGAAAGAAAAAAAACAAAAACACAAGGAUAAGAAAACGAAAAGCAGUGAACCCAAAUCACCCGUCACAUCAGAACCUGAUACAGAGAAAAAAGAUCUGGAUGAAACAGAUGAGGGAAAAAACAAUGUUGAUAGCAAAGAUCUUUGUAAAGAAGAAGAGCCUGUAGAAGUUGCUAAGACAACAGAUGAUGAACCAGUAUCAUUGAAUAAUAAAGAGGAAGAUAUUUCUGCAAUUGAAUGGGAUUUGGAAAAACAAAUGAGGCUAGUUGAAGAAGAGUUUGCAAAACUAGAUGAAGUCGCGGGAGACUUUUGUUUGGAUGAUGAACAAAGCAAUGACGCACUCGCUACUACCCCAGAAAAAGAUGAUCAACCUACUCACAUGGUGACGUUUGAUGACAAAAAACCAGCAGAGGAUGACGUCCCCAAAGACAAGUCUGUGCAGUUUCAGAAGCCAGAAGGUGGUGAUGAUGAAAUUAUCAUGGCUGUUGUCGUGGAAAGAGAAAUCAUCCAGCCUGAGAUGGCUCAAGUGCAGAUUGAAAAACAUGAUACCUCCUCAACUAGUAGCAUUAGUUCUGAGGAGAAUAAAGAGACACCAGAGGUCACAAUCAAUGUUGAGGAUACAGAUGAAGAUAAACAAAAGCCAGACACAGAGCCAGAAGCUGUAAUAGUGGUACCUAGUACUAGCGAUGUGAAAGCCACAGACUCAUCAAAGGAGAAAAUAAAAGAAGACAAGGGUAAAAAAAAGGAGAAGAAAGAAAAACAAAAGAAAAUUCUGAAAUCCAAGGAUAGGAAUAAAGAUAAAAAGACAACCACUGAAACUGGUUUGGUAGUGGUUGGAAAAGAUGAGAGGCCAAUAUCUGUGUCUAGUAUCAGUACGGAUGAUACAAAAGAAUCUAACACAUCAAAAGAAGGUACAUUAGAGAAAGGGAAGAAGAAGAAGGAAAAAGCAGUGAAAAAAAAGACACCGAAAGAGGAAAAGAAAAAGAAAGACAAAAAAGAAAAGGAUGAUAAGAAAGUGAAGGCACCUGUAAAAGAGGAGGCAUCACAUAGCAGUAAAGAGUCUGGAGAAACCAAGGAAGAUCUUCCAAAGCCUGUUAAAGUACAAAAACGAGAGAAAAAGAAACCAUCCAAGGAGAAAGAAAAAAAUAGGAAAUCUGUAAUAGAAACUGGUUUGGUAGUAGUGGAAGUACCCAGUAAAGUGAGUGACGAUCAAGUAGUAUCAUCAGGACGCAUUGAAGCACCCAGUGACCAAGAAAAUGUAGUAAGUGAGCCACAAAAGUGUGAGGAAGAAAACGUUAUUGCUGUAGUCAGUCCAGAUAAGGUAGAUGAACAGGAAAAAAUAGACGUCAGUGAUCCAGAAAAAACUGCAGUAGUCGGUCCGGAUGAGGUUGAUAACCAGGAAAAAGCUGAGGUCAGGGAGCCAGAAAAAACGGAGGAUGAUAGCAUUAUUGCAGUAGUCAUUCCAGAUGAGAUUGAUGACCAGGAAAAUAUGGAAGUUUAUGAGCCAGAAAAAUUUGAGGAAGAGAAAAUUAUUGCCAUAGUCCAUCCGGAAGGAGUUGAUGAACUAGAGAAAGUAGAAAUCAGUGAGCCAGAAAAACCUGAUGAAGAGAACCUUAUUGCAACAGUUAGUCCAGAUGAGGUUGAUGACCAGGAAAAAGUGGAUAUCAUUGAGCCCGAACAACUGGAAAUCAGUGAUCCAGAAAAACUGGAAAUCAGUGAGCCAGAAAAACUGGAAAUCAGUGAGCCAGAAGAAAACGUAAUUGCAGUAGUAAGUCCGGAGGAAGUUGAAGACUUGAAGGAAAUUGGUGAGCCGGAAAAAGAAGAAGCUGCAAUUAAAGUAGUAAGUCCAGAGAUUGACCAGGAAAUAGUUGAAAAAGAAGAGCCAGAAAAAGUAGAAGUAUUGCCAGUUAAAGUGGAAAAAGAAAAAAGAAAAAUCAAGAUACACAAAAAAAAGCACAAAGAAGAAAAGAAAAAAAAUAAAGAAGAAAAGACGAAACCAAAAGAAGAAGAGAAAAAACCAAAAGAAGUUAUUGAAACAGGGUUGGUUGUGGUCGAUGAAGGUGGUCGACCUUUAUCAAUUACCAGUAUUAAUUCUGAAGAAAUUACAGAGCAUGAUACAACAAAGGAGAGUCCAGAUGCUGAAAAAGAGGAAAAACAUAAAGAAAGCCCCAAAAAGAAAACAAAGGAAGGCAAAAAGGAUAAAAAAGAUAAGGCAGAGAAGAAAAAGAAGAGAAAAUCACAACAAGAUGACAAAGAGCAGGAAAUUACAAUAAAAAAAGAAAUUAUUGUAAAAGCAGAGGUUGAAGUUGAACCCAGUGAAGAACAGAAAAAAGAGAAACACAAAAAAAUAGAAGCGAAAACUGAAAAGAAAUCUCCAGAUAAAAAAGAAGAAAAGAAAGGGAAAAAGAGGAAAGAUAAGGAGCAAGCAACAAGUGAAAAAACUGAACAUGGAAAAAGAAGAAAAGCCGAAAAAGACACACCAAAGAAGAAAAAAGAUUCGUCAUGGAAACUGAAACACAAAGAGAAGAGAAAAGCUGAAAAAAGUGCAGAUGCUGAAAACCCAGCUUCACCAACAUCUCCUACAAGCAUCAGCAGCUUUGAAGAUCCAGACGCUACCAAAUCCGAUGUUGACACCACACGAUCUGACGAUGAACUACGACCUCUAAGUAUAACCAGCUUCUCCAGUGAUACAGAUCAGCCAACCACAGAUGGGGAAACCUCACGUCCUGUAAGCCAUGUGACUGUGCCUGAGGGUGGGGACCAUCUUGUGAGUCCAGAUGGAAGCCAGCCUGGAACUUGUAGCGACGAUAUUGAAAUACGACCUCUCAGCCCGAUCUCUAUCUCUUCAGAUUCAUCAGUCCGUCCUGCUAGUCAAGUUAUCACUGAUGAGGAACUCAAAAAACCAGAAACCAAACAACCGAAGACUCAUAAGUUCCGAACCUUUCCAAGAAGUAGCACUCCCAAGAAACCUAAGCGUAAAGAUCGAUAUAAAGAUCGACGAAGUUUAGACGCAGAAGAUAUAACUAGUUAUAUGGUGGAACCAUCGAUCCCGAAAAACCUACCUGAACCAGCUUCCAAACACCAUAGAGUGGUCGUAGCUAUUGACUUUGGAACCACAUUUAGUGGAUAUGCCUACAGUUUCACCAACGAUCCCGAGUAUAUUCAUAUUAUGCGCAAAUGGGAAGGCGGCGAUCCUGGCGUGACUAAUAUGAAAACACCGACCACUCUACUGAUGACCUCUGAUGGACAUUUCCAUUCUUUUGGAUUUAGUGCCCGUGAUUUCUAUCAUGACCUCGACCACAGCGAAGCCAAGAAGUGGCUUUACUUCGACAAGUUUAAGAUGACGUUACACACGAGCCAG